CUAGGGAUACCAGUGAUCGAACGCGGCCAAGAAGCAUGUGGGUCCGCCACCUUGAUGAAGACUCCACGCGGUUCUACUACCACAACCCAACGACCGGCGAGACCGCAUGGACCAAGCCCGAGGGUUACACAGAGGUGAACGACAGCCACAACACAAGGGGUUCCUCUUCCUCUGACGGCGACGACGAUAAGGACAACAAACCAGCCGCAAAACGAGCGCGCCCGAGCACCUCCGACGAUGUGAAAGAGGGCACAAUUGAAGAGGAUGACGAAGGAGCGCUGUGGGUGAAAUUCGUCGACCCGAUCUCGAAGAAGCCGUACUACUCGGACAUGAACUCUGGCCGCACCCGCUGGGACCAACCUACGUUCUACACGUCCGACCAAGGCGAGGACGACGACGAGGUGGAGGAGGAUCAACUUGAAGAAGAGUACGCGUUUGGCGCCGUCGCUGCCCCUUCCUCCCCGAAAGCAUCACCCGCCGCUGCGACCGACAAGCCUGCUGCCGUCACCCCGGUCUUUCUUCGUUACAUCGACCCAACGACCCAAGUUCCUUACUACUUCAACACGACAACCAAAGAAACCACGUGGGACGUACCUCCUUCCGACGCCGUCGUCCAAGACGCGCCGUCCUCCGCCGCGACCACCUCCACCGACACAUCGAGCGCUGGCAGCGCCAAGUACCAGGAAUGGCUCAACAAAGCGACCACCGUUCCCCAAGCCACGCGCGCUGCCGCCGCCGCCGCCUCCAUCUCUCGCAACACGUCCGAUCCCGUGCAUCGCCUCAACUCGAUCUUGGGCGGGUCAGCUCGUUCCUUUCGCUGGCAGCAGCACUUUGAUGAAAAGAACCAACGAUACUACUACCACGACACCACGACCAACACAACCCAGUGGGACCCCCCCGCCGACGGAUCCGCCGUUGCCGCUGUCGGCGGAGCGGACUGGGUGCCUGCCACCGCCGCCGACUCGUCCCACGAGCCUGUGACAUCGCAGAGCGAGUACACAGUGGUGGCCCAUAUGAACAUGCUCAGCGGACGGUUCAGUGGCGCAAGUGGAGACCAGUACUUUCACAAGCAAAACAUCCCCACAGACAAGGCCGGGCGCCAGCUGUCCAACUUUUUUGACCUGACCGCGUUCGAAGCCAACAGGGCAGAGGCCAAGCGACUCAAGGACGAGCUCAAGACCAAAAAUAUUGACUGGAAAAAGUACAACGAAGACAAGAAGCGGAAGCGGCACCGCGUCCGCAACAAGUGGAUGUACGAGGAUUAACGAAGUCAUGAAGCAAAUCCACGAUCAUCGUCUUGACGAUGCAUGCUGUUGCUGGGAUUCAACAUAUUGCUUGUAUUGUGGUCUAUUCGAUACAAAUUUCCAGACCCCGUCGAAUC